ACUAAGUUUUAAGCUAGAAGCGAUUUACCACUUGGUGUCCUUUCCUCGUGAGUCUAAAGGCUUUUAAUCACCUCGAGAGGUUCCCUCGUAAGUUCAGUUAAAUUCAGCUAAACCACUUUAAUUCAGGUAAAGUCAGUAAAAUUCAGCUAAAUUCAGUUAAAUUCAGCUAAAUGAUUUAGCUGAAUUUAACUGAAUGUAGCCGAUUUUAGCCUAAUCCAACUAAAUUUAGCUCAGUUCAACUCAAGUUGAGUUGAACUUUAAAUGCGCAUUCAAAUGUAUUAUUCAUUGAAGUUUUUUCUUCUUCCUUUCUGUACAACUGUAUGAAUUUUCAACUAUUUAUUCCAACUUUAUUCGCUCUUGUCAAUGGUCGUAGUAACGUACCGAAAGCUGGAGUAAUAAAAGAAAAAUUCAGCAGAAUUUUCAAGAUGUACUUUAUCGCAGUAUUAUACUCAUUGAUCAAAAUUGAACUGAGCUAAAUUCAGUUGAAUUCAGUUAGAUUAGGCUAAAAUUGGCUAUAUUCAGUUAAAUUCAGCUAAAUCACUUUAAUUUAGCUAAAGUAAGUAAAAUUCAACGAAACUCAGUAGAAUUCAGUUGAAUUCAGUUAGUUCAGGCCAAAAUCGGCUAUAUUCAGUUGGAUUCAGUUAGAUUCAGUCAAACUCAGCUAAAAGUCGGUCAAACUAGCUCAAACUAGCUACAAGCUUGCGUGAACUUUAUGUUGAGAAAAGGUCAUAAUGAUCUCAAAAACUUGCUAUUAACGAAAAAAUUUGAGAUUUCCGUGUUUUGAAUUUGUUUGAAUUCUGGAUUUUUUCAAGCGUUGACUCAACGUUAAAAUUCAAAUAAUAUUGGAUUUUGUUCAGUUUCGUCACUCUUUUGACCCAUACAUAAUUCACUCAUAUUUGAACAUAGAGAACAGAGAAAAAGUUAAAGAAAUAUGAAAAAGCGUGAGAUUUUUGUCAACUUUUCUGCUGAGAGCUUUUUGUAAAAAUUUAACGAAUGUUAUUUCAACAACAAUUUUUAGGUGGUACAUCUUUGCCAUUAGAUUACGAACGAAUAUUAAGCAAAUUUCGAAAGUAUUAUUUACAGAAAAUACCAUUGGAAACAAAAGUAAAAGCAUCAUUAGAUUUGUACUUUACCAUGACGACAGAAGAAAAUGAUUCCAGAUAUAUUUUAACGGCUUAUACAUCGGUAACAAUGUUUUAUAAAAUACUUAAUAAACAUCUUGCAACGUAUAUGCUACAUUAUUUUGAUUCGACACUUUACAAAACACAAGAUUAUACAUUUUCUAGUUGUAUUAUUGAUCUUAUUUCAUUGAUAAUUCAUUCGAAGGAACUAGAACCGUAUUAA